UAUCUGGCCGAGCGGCACUUCCAGAAGAUCUCAGGCACCUCGCUCUUCACCGGUUUGCGGGCCAUCACUCACUUUAGCAGGCCAGAUUUCACCGCCGUGUUUGCAUCCAUAAAGAAGAAAUAUGGGAGCAUGUCGUCGGUUGUGGGCGUGUUCACGUGCGGCAGCCCCAACCUGAGCCGUGCCGUGGAGCAGAGCUGCCACGUGAUCAACCAGGAGGAGGGGCCCCUCUUCAGGCACUACUACGAGAAUUUUUAAUCAGCUGGCCACUACUGCUCACAUUUUAUACAACUACAAAUGAACAGAUGACAUAUAAGUUUAACACAUGGGGAUUAGUUCUUUAAACACUGACUACUUAAUAUUUAUGGUUGGACUAUUACACUUUAUUAUUCUCUAACCUAGGAUAUUGUUUCCCUAGGGUUUUAUGGCUACAUCCCCCUUAACUGCCGAACAAGACAGCACUGCAUCAUCCAUGUCUUGCAACGAGAUUUGUAUUUUCUAUUGUAGUGAUUUAUAACAUAUAUGAAUAAUCCUUGGUACGAAAUAUUCAGCUGCCACCACCUGGUAAAUUCGUCCAGGAACGUAAGCCAAUAUGUUUGUAGAGUAAGAGGCGUAUAGAAGAGUGUGAACGAAGCUAGAGAAAGUAAGUGUAAGUGUAUAGAAGGUACCAAGGUUCAAGGGUCAACACUGCGGUUAGCGUGGUUAUGCCCGAGGUGGAGUGCGGUCGAUCUGAAGCUGAUAGCAGGUACAGAUUUAUGGAUUUUGAACUCUUGCUCAUCUAAAAAUCUAUAAAGUAAUCCCACCAUUUACAUUUUAAAAAUCCAUCCUCGAGCACUCUAUCCUUUUCCUUUGCGUUCCCUUAAAAUCUUUUUAUCCUUUGUAUUUUCAUUCAACAUUGAUUCUCCCUAGAAGUAUAGUCAGUACUCAGUAUAUUAUUUAACUUUUAAAUGCAAGGAUUCAGUCAGGUCUUACUGAAUUUACAUCCAAAAGUGAUCAACCAUUGAAACCUGAGGGAUAAUAUUACAAAAUUACAAUAAAAUUUAUCAAAAGA